AUGUACGAGGCGCGGCACCACUCGCUGAAUCAACCAAAUGCUGGCAACCAGGGACUCCCUCCGCCGCCGCAGCCCUUACAGCACCCGCGAUCCACGCUGAUACAGGCCCAAGCGCACCGUCCGAAUUCGCCUCACCAUCACCAUCAGUCGCAGACCCCGCCAGGCCCAUACAUAUCGCCGCACUCCUCCACCCAGAGCCUCCCCGGCCACCCGCAACAGCAACAGCAGCACCACUCUCCCUACGUCGGAUCCGUGCCAGGCAUAUCCCAGACCCCGGGUGAGCCAGCCUUCUUCGCCGCCCACCCCAGUCCCUACAGCACCAACAGCGCGGCAGGGAGCUACGCAUCAUCAGAACCGAACGAAAGCAUGGCCACGCAGGCGGCGAUCAGCCGCCAGUCCUAUCCACCAAUCUCAAGCUACCAGACUCCGCAGUCUAACUCGCCGGCCUCCAUCCACUCGCCGCAGACAGACGCGCAUGGGCGACCGUUGUACGGCAUUCCUUCCAUGCCGCAGCAGAUGUACUAUCCGCAGUAUCAGAUGCAGCAGCAACAGCAGCAGUCGCCCUAUGCCCAGCAUCCUGCCGCCGCCGCCGCUGCCUCCCACCACUCCUCCAUGACCUCGGCGCCCGGUAUGCUGAUGUCGCACCAGCAGCCGCAGCAGCAGAUGCAGCAACCGCAGCCCGGCCAUCCUCCGCCGAGCAUGAUGGAUACUAAACCCUCUCAAUCCUCCCUGCAGCGGCCGCCUUCUGUCAUUGCUCCUCCCCAAUCCACCCCCCAAUCAUCAGGUCCAGGUAUGCACGGCCAAAUGUCGACAGCGUCUCCAAACGGCCCUAAUUCGAGUGCAGCUCCAGGCCCCAUUCCCGCGACAACUCCACUGGUGGUGCGGCAAGACAACAAUGGCGUCCAAUGGAUCGCCUUCGAGUACUCGCGCGACCGCGUGAAGAUGGAGUACACCAUUCGCUGCGACGUCGAGUCGGUCAACGUGGACGAGUUGAGCCAAGACUUCAAAUCCGCCAACUGCGUCUACCCACGCGCCUGUUGCGGCAAGGAACAGUACAAGGGCAAUCGAUUGCACUACGAGAGCGAGUGCAACGCAGUCGGCUGGGCGCUUGCGCAGUUGAACCCCAAUUUGCGCGAGAAGCGCGGCCUCAUCCAGCGCGCAGUCGACAGCUGGAGGAACAGCAACCAAGACGUGCGGUUACGGAGUCGAAGAGUCCGACGCAUGGCGAAAAUUCAGAACAGAAACGCGAAUAAGGCACAGCCAGGCGUUGGCGGUCAGUUCCCAGGUCACCAAGGUCCUGGGAGCCUGCCACCACAGGGCAUGCCUCCCGGCGCGACGAGGCCGCCCAACAUGGGUCCUGGUGGACCACAAAUGCACCACCACCACACCGACGGUAGCGAUGCCGGCGGGGGGAACGACGUCAGCGCCGGAAAUGAUUACAAUAGUGCAGCCGGGCAUCCUGACCAGGCGACCAACGGCGGCCAAAACGAUCUGGCAUCACCAACUUCGGCCCGCUACGCUCAGAACUUCUAUCCCUCGUAUCCUCAGCAACCAGGUGUUGGAGGCUCGUCUAUGCCCUCGGUCCACGACGCCAUGGAUCCCAUGCACAGUCAAGCCUCGACGCUGGCCACACCAGCAUCUGCCUCUGUCAAGAAGGAAGAAGAGGACCACAAGCGUGCCCUCUUCGGCGAUGUCCCAGAGUCCAAGCGCCGGAAGUUCAUUCUCGUCGACGACAACCAGCGAGGGACCCGCGUCCGGGUGCGCGUCAUGCUGGAUCAGGUCAAGAUGGACGACAUGCCUGACGCCCAUCUGAGGAUCAACGCUGUCUACCCCCGAUCAUACUUCCCCCGCCAGAUGAGAUCGCCGCCAGGGUCCCCUCGAGCACGUAGCAACUGGGACGACGAGGACGAUGAAGGCGAGGAUGGUAGUGUUAUCCCAUCCGGUGGCAAGACCAUGGUCCCGGUGUCGUUGAUGGAUGGCAGCGAGGCCAAGCUGCCAGUACCACGCAUGACCAAGUCGAAGAGAAACAAGGAGGUUGCGUUGAAUGAGCUCGGCUACCGUAUGAGCUGGGGACAGGCAAGAACAUUCAACGGUCGCACACUCUUCUUGCAACGCUCUCUCGACGCCUACCGCAACAAAAUGCGAAGCACCAUGAUUGCUGGCGGGAGCGAUGCGGCAGUCAUCGCGCCUCACUUCGAGACGCGUCCUGGCAAGCGAAAGUGGCUUGAGAGGAACAAGCGUGCUCGCCGCGCUGAUUCGGUUUAA